UGAAGGCGCAGACACCGGCGAGAUCAAGCUCCGGGCCCGCGCCCCCGACGGCCGGCCAGAGCAGCCCCAUGGCAGAGCAGGUGGCCCUGGUGAUUGGGGGCAUCCUUGGGGGGCUGCUGCUGCUGCUGCUGUUGAUUGGGAUGAGCUACUAUCUCUGGAGGAGACUCUGUGCCACGUUCACCUAUGAGGAGCUGUCAGGGACCACAGCUGCUUCCAGCGCACAGGGAGACGCGCUCUGCCCCCCGGAUGCCAGGACCCAGGCAAGCAGGCCACCAGGUGUACCAUUUGUGGUGCCCCCUUCCCUCCAAAGCCGAGACUGGGUACCCCUGAGCAGCGGAGAGUGGGCCCAGGUCCCACAGGACCCCUACCCAGCCCCGAAGCUCCUGCCCCACACCACCGGCAGCAAUCUUGGAGAUGCAUGCGUGGCAGGGACCAUCAACCCUGAGCUCUACAAGAUCCCAGAGGACAAAAGUGAGGCUGACUUCCCUGAGGGCUGCCUGGGACGGCUGUGGUUCUCUGUGGAAUACCAGCAGGAGGCCGAGCGCCUGCUGGUGGGCCUGAUCAAGGCGCAGAGGCUACACACCCCCUCAGAGAACUGUGGCCUCCUGGUGAAGCUCCACCUGCUGCCGGAUGAGCGGCGCUUCCUCCAGUCUAAGACCAAACGCAGAACCACCAGUCCACAGUUCGGCGAACAGUUCAUCUUUCAGGUAUCCAGCAAGAGCGUCGCCCAGAGGGUGCUGAGAUUCUCGGUGUACCUUGUGGACAGGCAGAGGAAGCAUCAGCUCCUCGGCCAGGUGCUGUUCCCCCUCAAGAAGGAGACACUGGCGGGCAACUGCCGGCACAUCCUCUGGAGAGACCUAGAAGCCGAGAGCCUGGAGCCUCCCUCCGAAUUUGGUGACCUCCAGUUCUGCCUCAGCUACAAUGACCGUCUGAACCGCCUCACCGUGGUCGUGCUGCGAGCCAAGGGACUCCGGCUCCGGGAGAAUACGAGUUUUGUCAGUGUGUUUGUCAAAGUGUCUCUGAUGAACCACAACAAGUUUGUCAAGUGCAAGAAGACGUCGGCUGUGCUGGGCUCCACCAACCCUGUGUACAGUGAGACCUUCAGCUUCAAAGCCAACCCCGCUGAGCUGGACACUGCGAGCCUCAGCCUGACCGUGCUGCAGAGUGCCGACGGGGACAGGAGUCACGAGCUGGGCCGGGUGGUGGUGGGUCCCUACAUGUACACCCGCGGCAGAGAACUGGAGCACUGGAACGAGAUGCUUAGCAAACCCAAGGAGUUGGUGAAGCGCUGGCAUGCACUUUGCUGCACCACUGAGCCCUAACCAGGGCAGGGAACUCAGGUCUGCUCCAGAAGCUCUCUCUCCCCAUAGCCAUGCCUGCCACAAGCCAAGCCACAAGCUUGACCACUGCAGUCCAGCAUCUCACAGGGCUGCAGGGCCAACCUGAGCUGGGGGAAUGUGUAUGUUGAUAUAUAGGAGAGAAGAGGGGACAAGAGAGCCCUGGCCUGGGCAGUCGUGUGACCGGUGGGUUACAUCUCAGCAGCCCGAGAGGCCCUCCUUGACUUAUUCUCUCCUUCUUUGCCCAUGGGGCUGCCUGGGCUUAGAAUCCUGGCUCCUGGUCAUCCCUGUCUUGAAUUGGACUGGAAACUCAGACAUUGAGAAGAAAUAGUCUCUUUAGUGAAAGCGUAGCUGUACAUGUGUGGAGUGCCAUGGAAACUUGGAAAGCUGAUGAUGUGUUAAUGUUCAGCCUACACUUUUUUCUGCUGUUGUUUCUCUACCUUCUGCCUGACAGAGAAGACAAGUUGUAUAAAGGGUUUAACUUCAGUUGGUUCACAAUAAAUAUUAGGUUGGUACAAUAGUAAUUGCAGUUUCGGACUGUGAAUUUUAAAUCAUUAUAACUAGGCUCAGACACAUCUUAUUAAUCAAAAUAGGAACCAUUACAAUCAACACAUUUUUACCAAUGAAAAAUAAGUUUGUUUAUUCCUGUAGCAUAAAAAUUCGUGCUUCAGGAUUCAAUGAACUCUUGGAAAGCAUUUUCUGCUUCCUGCUGAUUGUGGGAGUGUUUUCCCUGCAAAAAGUUGUCAAGAGAUUCUUGAAGAAGUGGUAGUCAGUAGGAGAGAGGUCAGGUGAAUAUGGUGGAUGAGGCAAAAUUUCAUAGCCCAGUUCGUUCAACUUUUGAAAUGUUGGUUGUGCAACAGGUGGUUGGGCAUUGUCAUGGAGAAGAAUCGGGCCCUUUCUGUUGACCAGUGCUGGCUACAGACGUUGGAAUUUUCAGUGCAUAUCAUCCAUUUGCUGAGCACACUUCUCAGAUGUGAUGGUUUCGCUGGGAUUCAGAAAACUAGUGGAUCAGACUGGCAGCAGACCACCAGUGACUUGACCUUUUUUUGGUGCAAGUUUGGCUUUGGGAAGUGCUUUGGAGCUUCUUCUCAGGCCACCCACUGAGCUGGUUGUCACUAGUUGUCAUAUCAAAUCCACUUUUUGUCACAUGUCACAAUCUGAUAGAGAAAUGGUUCAUUGUUGUUAUGUAGAAUACGAGAAGACAACACUUCAAAAUGAUGAUUUUUAAAAAAAUUUUCGGUCAGCUCAGGAGGCACUCACUUAUCGAGCUUUUUCACCUUUCCAGUUUGCCUCAAAUGCCAAAUGAGAGUAGAAUGGUCAAUGUUGAGUUCUUGGGCAACUUCUCAUGUAGUUGUAAGAGGAUCAGUUUCAGUGAUUGCUCUCAAUCGGUCAUUGUCAGCUUCCAAUGGUCACCCACCAUGCUCCUUAUCUUCAAGGCUCUCGUCUCCUUUGCAAAACUUCUUGAACCACUACUGCACUGUAUGUUCAUUAGCAGUUCCUAGGUCAAAUGUGUUGUUGAUGUUUCGAGUUGUCUCUGAUUAUUUACGACCCAUUUUGCACUUGAAUAAAAAAAAUCAUCACUCAAA